AUGGGAGGUUGUGAUAGUAUUGAAUGGGAGGUUGAAGGAAGCAAACGUGAAAGCUACAAUACUAACGUACGUGAGUUACAGAAUUUGCAUAAUUUGACAACUUUGGAGAUAUCAUUCAAAAAUACUUCGGUUUUGCCAAUGGACUUCCAGUUCCCUGCAAAUCUAAAAAGAUACAACAUAUUGAUUGGGAUUUGUCAGUUCUCUUCAUUAUGGUAUGGUGGAGCUCUCGAAAGAACACUUAAGCUCACAGACUAUAGUUGGACGAGCAGAUCGUUGUUUACCACAGUUGAGGACUUGAGCUUUGCUAAAUUAAAGGGUGUUAAGGAUUUGUUGUAUGAUUUGGAUGUGGAAGGUUUUCCUCAAUUAAAGCAUCUGUAUAUCCAAGACACUGAUGAAUUGUUACACCUCAUUAACCCAAGAAGGUUGAUGAAUCCCCAUUCUGCAUUCCUCAAUUUGGAGACUUUGGUUCUUGACAAUCUAUAUAAGAUUGAAGAAAUAUGUCAUGGUCCAAUGCACACACAGUCUUUUGCAAAGCUAAAAGUUAUUAAAGUUACAUCUUGCCAUCGGUUGAAGAAUCUGUUUUUGUAUUCUCUCACAGUAAACCUUUCUCAACUUCAUGAGAUUGAAAUUUCUAGUUGUGAAGGUAUGUCAGAGAUCAUAGCUGUGGAAAAACAAGAGGAUCAGAAAGAACUUCAACAGAUUGUUCUGCCUGAAUUGCAUUCUGUCACUUUACGACGUUUACUUGAGCUUCAGAGUUUUUAUUGUUUAUUAACCGUCGAUCAGGGUAAUCCAUCCAAUCAGAGCAAUACUUUGGCACUGUUUAAUAAUCAAGAGGUAAAUAUUACUAUAUCGCCAUUAUCAACCACUAGUUUACAAAAACUCCGCAUUUUAAGGAUAAGUGAAUGCGAUGAGCUAGAGGAAAUUUGUGGAAGCAGUAAUGAGGGUGAUCCACCACUUGGCGAUAUUGCUUUUAUGAAAUUGGAGGAAUUGACAUUGAAAUGCUUACCGAGGCUCAGAAGCUUUUGCCAGGGAAGUUACGACUUCAGGUUUCCAUCACUACAAAUUGUACGUUUGAAAGAAUGUCCAAUGAUGGAGAUUUUUUGUCAGAGAAACAUAACCACACCAAGCCUCACAAAGGUGGAAUAUAGAUUGAGUGGAGAUAAUUGGUAUACGAGUGGAGAUCAUUGGUAUGGCGACCUUAAUACUACUGUUAGAACAGUUUUCACUAAAAAGGAUCAAUAUAAUCCAGACUUGGGGAAACUGGCUAUCAGAGACAACAAUGAUCUGAAGUCCAUAUGGCCAAAUCUAGUGACUCCAAAUUCCUUUCCUAACCUGACGAAAAUUGUCAUUUCUUCCUGUGAAAGCCAAUAUGUGUUUCCCAUCCAUGUGGCUAAAGUGCUUCGGCAGCUCCAAGUUCUUAAAAUAAGCUUUUGUACCAUAGAGAAUAUUGUCGAAGAAAGUGAUAGUACUUGUGAUAUGAUGGUUGUUUAUCUUCAAGUACAGAAGUGUCAUGAUAUGAUGACCAUAGUCCCAUCCUCUGUUCUGUUUCAUUCUUUAGAUGUAUUGCAUGUGUACUGGUGUGAAAGACUAGUAAAUAUUAUAAGGCCAUCAACAACCACAAGUUUAACAAACCUCCGCAUUUUAAGGAUAAGUGAAUGUCAUGAGCUAGAGGAAAUUUAUGGAAGCAGUAAUGAGGGUGAUGCACCAAUACUGGAUGAGAUUGCUUUUAUGAAAUUGGAGGAAUUGACAUUGAACAACUUACCGAGGCUCACAAGCUUUUGCCAGGGAAGUUACGACUUCAGGUUUCCAUCCUUACAAAAGGUACAUUUGAAAGACUGUCCCAUGAUGGAGACUUUCUGUCAUGGAAACUUAACCACAACAAGCCACAUUGAGGUGCGAUGCCUAUAUAGAUGGCGUAAUGAAGAAUCAGAAGAUCAUUGGGAUGGUGACCUUAAUACUACUAUUAGAAAAUUUUCACUAGAAAGGUACAUGUCAACCAAACUUCAGAAUAUAGAACAAGAUUUGACUUCAUCAUCAGAAUCAGACGACAGCUGA